AUGGAUUUCUUGCCAGCUAAGCUUAAUAAACUAUUACCUGAACAAAUUUUCCAAACCCACGGCCUAGAGGGGAGCCAUGAUAAAGAGCUAGAGUUGCACCGGAUAGAAAACACGAGUAUAAUUCGAAAUCAGUUGUUCAUCAUCUUGAUUACCUCGGCAGGCGAUAUGCACUUUCCAGAAAAGCUUUCCAAGACAAAUCUUGAUUUCUUAAUUGAACAGCUACAUCUUUACCAGUUGAUGACAACAGUCGGCAAUAUUCAAAACUGCACCAGGCAGCCAAGUUACCCCAUUCUUGGAUUCAUUGGAGGUGUCGAGAAUACAUUUUGGCGGGACAAGAAAUUGAACUGA